AUUGUAUAACAUGGAAAGGAUGCAGUUUUGCAGUUGCAGUUAUGUAACAUAAAUAAAUAGUCUGUAUUAUUGAUGUGGUGCUCAUCUGAGAUUGCUUUACUACAAUGUCUAAAGAACUGCUCAUAGUCUUUGUCUACGAUUGUGAGCGUUGUCAACGGGAAGAAGAUGAUCCACAAGAUGCAGUUGUUUAUUUCUAUCCAAGUUGGGUCAGCGAACAGCAACGCCACGCUUUGUGUGGACAGCUUAUUGGAGUUAGUCAGUGCCUAGGCUCUAUGUUUUCAUCACCUAACAUUUUGGCCUUGCAAACUGGAAAGUUUGCAAUAAAACCGAUUGGAAGAUUUAUAUUGUGUGUUGGAACUGACCGCAACAUCCCUGACAUUGUCCUAGAUACAAGAAUAAACACACUUUUCCGUCUACUCAGGUUUUAUCACAAAGACUUUGAAACUAUAUCAAUAAAAGCAGAAAGUGAGUUUUCAGAAAAGUUGAACCAGAUAUUUGAAACAUAUCUGCCAAUUCUGCAAUAUUCUAGCAAUAUUUUUGGCAACAUUACUACUUUCAAUUUACCAAAGAGUGCCAGUAGCGUAUUUUUGGAAGCUAUGCAGAUACUACAGUGUUUUCAAGACAAGGAAGGUGUCAUGGGUGGAGCUUUACUAUACCAAAACAAAGUAGUUGCUUCACAACUGAGUGCAAAACUAACAAAACUCCUAGUCAUCUCUGAUCCUUAUAGAAUAAAGUUGCCGGGAGCGAGUGUAAGCACUCAGUUCCGUCUGCCGGUUGGUGUCCAGCUGUUGACAGUGUUUGUAGAACAGCUGGAGGUGCAGAUGUUGGCCGAGGAAUCAUCUCAGUUGAGUGCAGCACUCAGAGCCACCAAGCUGCGACGGGAGAGCACUGCGGGAAAGGAUAAAGGUGCGAUGAAAAAUAACAACAAAGAACCUCCUAUAGGUUCCACAUUCGGCAUGAAGCGAGAUGUUUCCAUGAUGUUCACUACAGUUGUGGAGGAGGCAGAGGGUGAAGUGGAGAGGGAAAAAGUUCCAGAUGUAGUGAAAGACGCAGUAAAGGCUCGUAAAGCAGCUAGACUGCUGUCUGUGGCUCCGUCUGGAUUUGUUGUUCCCGAUCCAACCAAUGACAACAUCAGCACAUGUCGUACUACUGACGACAUUCCUUUUAAUGAAGACAAUAAAAUCUGUGUAAGGUAUCUCAGUUUAGGAGUGGCAAAUUCAGUUCGUGAAGAAAAAGAGAAACAAACAGUUAUGAAGUAUUGCAACACAAUAGCUGAUCCUUCCUUUCCACUUUUUCGACGAAACGGACUCCCAGCCUCACAAGCUCUCUAUGACACUCGCGUUACAAGACAUUACAGACAGCUUUCACAGGAAACAACAAAAGAAAAAAAGCCUCGACCUAAGAGUUUCGCCUUGGGUUUUGGCGAGAAUACUCGGAGCAAGAAGGAACGUGUGAGACGAGCACUCAACCUGCCACUAGGCCCGUCCAACACUGACACCCAGGAUAUGGUCCCAAUGAUUGAACUGAGAUCAAAAAAACCAAAUAUCUCGAUUCCAUUGACUCCAUUAAUGGCCAAGCUGAGUCUCUUGGCAAUGGAGCAGAGAGUGGGGGAGAUUCCCACACCUGCGGACAAGGCCGCCAACCCUGCCACACCUCUGGUACCAACACAACCAUUUAGAAAGUCCCGGGCCGAGAGAGAAAGGGAGAAACGAGACCUUGAACCUGUGGAAGAAAACGUGUUGUACGUCUGUGGGUACCAAGACAUGACUCUCCUGUUGCUCUUGGACUCCACCACUAGCCAGGACCCUGAUCAGAUCCAUUCUCUGUGGGAGACUAGUGUGAGUGCUCUGAGUGAGAUAGAGACACAUCUCCACCACUGUCUAGAGCAUGGAGUAGCCAGUGGGGGUGGUGGGGCCUGUGAGUCCUACAGCUACCUCACCGUGGCCCCCCAGUGGGGUACCACCCAGCGAGGUGGUGUGUGGGCGGGACCUGACUUGGAGCUGUUGACCGACCUUCAUAACCAGUUCAACACCAGGUCGGACAUCACCGAGACAAUUGUUAGAGCAAACGACAGUAUAACUUUCGGCUACAACUGUGGAGGAAUGCAGGUGUUCUACCACCAGCCUUGUAGUGGCGCUGUGUUGGCAGGAUUGCCUGCUCCCUCAGAUCUCAUGGGGGUGGUAGCACUGAAGGCCAAGCGUCGUCUGGAGAGGGACCAUAGCAUUGUCUUGUUGUAAGAUUGAUUAUGAACAAAACAAUUAAGAAGAUUAUGUGAAUCGUGCUGAAGCAAAAAAGAAGAUUCAUCAUCCAGGCUAGAAUUGAAAAAUUAUUACAGUCAAAAAUUGGAUUUUGUC